AUGGGUUGCUACUCAUCCUUCCAGGAUGUAACGAAGAAUGCGCUGGUGCAUGCGCUCCGCGAACUGGACUCGCAGCUCGACACAGACGACAUCAACCAGUUGCUUAUCGCCUAUAACAGCAUAGCGACGUUCCACGACGUGGGGCCGACACUGGAGCGGAUCGCCCAAAUGCCUUACGUGAAACCAGUCAUCUUUUCCAACGGAACGGCCGACAUGCUGAGCGAAUCGCUGGCUCGCUCGAGUGUCCUCAACCGUCACCGGUCGGUCUUCAAGGAUGUCGUCAGCGUAGACGACAUCCGGAAGUACAAACCGGCACGCGAGGUCUACGAAUACUUGGCCCAACGAGUCCGAAAGGUCCCGGCCGAAUUCAACGACAUCUGGCUGGUGAGCGGGAACCCAUUCGACGUGAUUGGGGCACGGAACGUGGGCUUGAGGGCGAUCUGGGUAGAUCGGGCCCAGAAAGGAUGGAAGGAUCAAGCGAUGCCGAGUCUGCACCCAACCGCCAUCGUGCACCAACUGGAACAGGUUGUCGAUGUGAUCAACAAUAAUCAUUUCCAACAGAAUGCAGCGACAUAG